CUAGAUGUAUACGUUGUCCAUCAGUUGACAUUACAACUCGUCGACACCUCAAACCCAAUCGAACCUAUUCCCUCCAAAUCUAGCUAGCUCUCAAUCCAAUAAACUCGCAAUCUUUCUCCAAGAUCCCAUAUACAGCCCACAUUAGUUGGUAAAUUCGAGCCAAAUCAAUGUCGAUUGAAGACGACGAAUCGUUCGAGCACACCCUAUUGGUGGUUCGCGAAGUCACCGUGUACAAAAUCCCACCUCGCUCCACAAGCGGUGGCUACAAAUGCGCCGAGUGGCUCCAAUCGGACAAGAUCUGGUCCGGUCGCCUCCGGGUGGUGUCGUGCAGUGACCGGUGCGAGAUCCGGCUGGAGGAUCCCAACUCCGGCGACCUCUUCGCCGCGUGCUUCGUGAACCCGGGCCAGCGAGAGAGUUCGGUCGAGUCCGUGCUCGAUUCGUCGAGGUACUUCGUGCUGAAGAUCGAGGACGGGACGGGCAAGCACGCGUUCGUCGGGUUGGGUUUCGCGGAGCGGAACGAGGCGUUCGAUUUCAAUGUGGCGUUGUCGGAUCACGAGAAGUAUGUGAAGAGAGAGAGCGAGAAGGAGUCCGGCGAAUCGGGCGACGAAGGUCACAUCGAUAUUCAUCCAGUACUGAAUCAGAGAUUGAAGGAAGGUGAAACUAUCCGGAUAAAUGUGAAGAACAAAACAUCUAGUGGAACUGGCAUGCUUUCAGCUGCUGGGUUAUCAGGGGGGCAUUCUGGAACUGUAAAGUCUAAAACUCUGGGCCUCGCCCCACCACCUACUGGGGCUGGUAAAAUCAGGACUCCCCUCCCUCCCCCACCCAAUGAUCCUGUUGCUAAUCGGAUGACUUCUGCCAGUCAUGGUGUUGGUCUCAAGGAAAAUGUGAGGCAUUCUACUGGUCCUUUUUCAGAUAUAUCUCAACUUGAGAAAAACCUUCCGUCCACAGCUGGAUCAGGAUCAGGAUCAGGAUCAACCAAGACAAAUGCAGCUGGAUGGGCGGCAUUUUGAUUGUUCAUUUGUGUGUUAAUUAUGAUUGGGGUCUUCCUGUUAUGUUAAGGGAAAAAAAAUGAGAGACAGAUUAGGGGAGAAAAGGAAGAAGAAGAAGAAGAAGAUUAUCAAGGCACCAGUAUUCCAUUUGUGGAAAAUAAUGUUCGCUAAAAAUAUGUUUGUUAUACUCAUUUUUACCCAAUUGAAUUUCAAAUUUUCAUUUCAUUAAUAUAACACAGAAAAUAUUCGUUUUUCUU